ACCUACGCUUUCAACAGUUGAGGCUUUCCGGCCCUAGACUUACCAUGGUCCAAGAGCUGCUUGUUACGCCGCCCCGGCUCGUACGAGCGGGCUGUCAAAGUCCCGGCAGAGCAGAGUUACAUGGCACAGUCACCCACCCACACAGCGGACCCAUGGCGGUUUGCGCACUGUCGCCAUCCUCUCUUCAGAAAGGUAAUAAAUCUGCAAACCACGCGGUCAGCAUUGCAAACCGAGCUGCGAGAGCGAAGUCGGAGAUCCGGGACCCUGAUUGUGGCACAGCCUGCCAACAGGGGCCCACGGCUGUCGCCCAAGUGCUCCAGAUUGGGACACAUGGGUGCCACACUGCUCCACGUUUUUGCUCCACGUUGUGCUCCGACCAUCGCCGGUGGCUUGCGCAGGUGAGGCCAUGCUCGAGUCGAACGAAGAAGCUGAGAAAAGAAGAUCAUCACCAGGGAAAGGAUUUGUCGGGGAGGUGGAGAAGCGAGGGCGAUGAGACUGCCGCAUGGACUUGCGUGGGGGGCAGAAGAGAGUUCGUGGUGGUCAUCAUUACGGUACCGGGGAUCCGUGCCUACAGUGUGGACACAGUACACCCUUCCUGGCAGAUACGUCACGGAUAG